UAAAAAAUUGGUAAAAAGGAUGUUUGCCUUUUCCAUUGCAAUAUAAAGAGAAAAAGAGAGUAACUGUAAGCAUUCACUCCCUCACUAGCUCUUCAGAAGAAAUGACCAUUGAAGACGACUUUAAGCUCCUUAAGAUCCAGACAUGUGUUCUCAGAGUCAACGUUCACUGUGAUGGGUGUAAGCAGAAAGUCAAGAAACUUCUUCAAAGGAUCGAAGGGGUUUAUAGAGUAAUGAUCGAUGCCGAAAACCAGAAAGUUACCGUCUCGGGGAGCGUCGACCCAGCGGCCUUGAUCAAGAAGCUCGUCAAGGCCGGCAAGCAUGCCGAACUGUGGGGAGCGAAGCCCGGCCAAACCCAAAAGCAGAAGAACAACUUCCUCAAAGACGACAAGAACAGCAGCAGCAGCAAGGCCCAGAAACACGGGCUCAUCAAAGCCCUCGAGGAGGAACUGGACUGCCUCAAUGAUGUUCAAGUGGACGGUGACGAGGAAGACGAGGAAAUGCGCCUCCUCAGGGCGAGGGCUAACCACCUGGGUUUCCUAAGGCCGGGAAAUAUGAAGAAACCCGGCGGAGGGAAUGUUCCUCAGGGCCUAAACAAUGCCAAGAUGGUGAACCACUUAGCCAAUGGUAACAUGGGGAAGAAAGUGAAUCCCAGUAACCCAAAUGCGGGGAUUGACCUGAAGGCUAUGGGGGCACAGAAAGUGAACAAUAUCGGGGAGUUCAGGAGGCCCAACGAGAUGAAUUCCGUGCUGGGUCUUGGUGGACUUGGUGAUCAGCAGCUGAGUGGGUUUGGUGGGUUUCAGAUUCAGCCAAACAACAACGGCAACAACAUCAAUGGGUUUCUUCAGAAUGGGUUUUACUCCAGUGGCCAGUUCCCGCCGUCAAUGUUGAUGGGCAUGAAUGGGAAUCAUCCCAUUCAUCAGCUUGGAGGGCCGUCCGGUAUGAUGAAUGUGCAAGGCAGGCAAUUGUUUCAGCAGCCUCAGAUGAUGUACCAAAUGUCUCCUUAUGUUCCUCCCAACACCGGGUUUUACUACGAUCAGUACUACGACUAUGGUCAUUCGCCGUACUCCACCUACAGUGAACCAAGCUAUGGUAAUCCUUCGGGUGAUACCGCUGCUCACAUGUUCAGCGGUGAGGACACUGGUAGUAGCUGUUCUGUAAUGUAGUUUAACUAUAGUGUAAUGAUGGUCUGGUGACUUCGAACUAAUUUAGUGUGUCUAACAAAUUUAUGGGUAACCUGUAGGUUGUGGGAGCUUGGUCUGUUAAGGGCUUGUGUUUUGUGAUGCAACCUUAAUUAUUAAGGGCUUGUGUUUUGUGAUGA